AUCAUAUGACCUCUCAGCCAGUCCAGAUCAUGUGAUGUCGUCUGGUAACCUCUGUCUCCAUGACAACACUUCCGGCCUAAGCACCACCUUUGUAAUUUAUUGUGGGGACGGUCACUUGUUGGGGGCGGAGAUCUUACUUAGUCGCAAUGCUUCUUUAAAAAACCCAGCCUGGUGUGCAGCAAAAGAUGCUAGUUGUUUCCAGUCAGCUGUGUGUAAUAUACAAGGCACAUAUCAAGAGAAGGGGAAGGAUGGUACAGCUUCUUAAAUGCAGGAACCCAACCCAGAAUGCAGCAAAAGAUAUUGGUUGUCCCCAGUCAGCUGUGUGUAAUAUACAAGGCAAGUAUAAAGAGAAUGGGAAUCACCGCUUCUUCAAGACAGAAACCCAACCCAGAGUGCAGCAAAAGAUGCUAGUUGUUUCCAGUCAUUUGUGUGUAAUAUACAGGGCAUAUAUAAUAAGAAUGGGAAGGUUAUAAAAGAACAUACAAGAAGAGCAAGGAAGAGGACUUGGCAUCAGGAUAGAAAACUCACAGCAGUACACCUGGAAAAGAGAGAUUGUCCGACACAACAAUCGGAGGAAAAAGGAUCUGACAGAACUGUAAGAAAAAGAUGAAUGAAAUAGCACUAAGCAAAUAAAAGCUAAAGAAAACCAGAUCUAACACCUAAACUGUGAAGAACAAGGAUACAGGGGAUAAUAAGAGACAUCCUCUAAGUGUGGGACAUUCAGGGUUUUUCCUGGGGUGUAGUCUGUGCAGUUGUUGGGGCUGAAGGUACUGAUGUAGCAGAGACAAGCGGCGGUGGAAAAGCAGAGUGACUGACAGACCGCCACAGAGUGCACAGACACGUAUCUGACACAUGGACGACCUCCAGCAGAUGACCAUGAAUUCGUCUGAGGACUUUCACCGUAAUGAGAAUGGCUGGCAGAAUUCAGUCAUCAUCAUUCCGGCGCUGCUGUCAGGCUCCACCCUCAUAGUGAUCGCCAUUAUCUUAUGGAAGUCGAUCCGCAGGAAGAGGAGAGACAAAAGAAAAAGAGCAAAAGACAAAACAAAUGAUUUCCCUCUGGAUUGGGCAGUGAACGCUGCGGGGGUGUAUGAGAAUUCUCUGGAGACUCUGGAUCCUGUUGUGGAGAAGAAGCAGCUGCCCAUUGAGUGGUCGGUGGAGCGCAGGGAGGUGCUGUGUGACGGACACUUCGGUCCCAUUAGUCGGGCCGUCCUGUGCUGCUCAGAGAAGACACAAGACGGUCAGCAUGUCAUCCUGAAGGAGCUGUCAGAGCAUUGCAGCCCCGGAGAGGUGCAGGAUUUCAUCGACCUCCUGAAGUUCUAUGUGCAGGUCUGUAAUCAUGACAAUCUGGUGAAGAUGCUUUGGUGUCAGACCGAGAGGAGACCCCCGAGUGUCAUCAUGGAGGCCAUGUCCUACGGGGACCUGCUCACCUUCCUCCGAAACUCACGUCAGGGUGUACAGGCUGCAGAUGGCGCCUCCCCAAGGAUCACUGAGAGGAACGUCUACGCCAUAUCUUCACAAGUGGCCAGUGGGCUGGAGUAUCUGUCUGAGAUGCACAAUCUGGUCCACGGCUACGUGGCUGCGUGUAAUGUCCUCAUCCACGAGGAUCUGAGCGUCCAGCUCUGCGGUCUGGGUUUGGCCGCCAUACAGUACAGAACCGGCUCCGUCCCUGCACGGCGAGCGGCCCAGGUGCCUCUGAAGUGGCAGUCACCAGAGCGGCUGAAGGGAUCGGACAUCACAGAGAAGAGCGACGUGUGGUCAUUUGGGAUCUUGCUGUACGAGAUGAUGACACUAGGUUCUCCCCCGUACCCGGAUGUGGACCCCUCUCAGCUGCCAUCCAAACUACAGAAGAACUACAGAAUGGAGCAGCCCCCGCAGUGCGGACCCCGACUGUAUGAGGUAAUGAGCAGCUGCUGGCAGUGGGAGGCGCUGCUGAGACCUUGCUUUACAGAUGUGGUGAAGCAGCUGCAGAACGCCACGGAGCAGGCCGACGGACUUACCCCUGUGACAGCCGGGGACACUCUCAGCUGGAGUGAGUACCUGCGUGUGGCUGGGAUCCCUUCAUGACGCCUCUGACGAGAGACUGUCUAAGGCAGUGCUUUCAAACCAGUGCGCCUUCAGC